AGCUAGCCACUAACCAUGCCCUAAACAUGAGCUUCUCUAUUAUAAAUAUGAACCCCCAUCUGUUCUAAUCUUCUAUAUACAACAAUUUGUGCUCAUAAACUACUAUUUCAUUGUUAUAUUAUAUAUCUGUCUCUAAUUAAUAUGGGAAUUCAAGGGAUUUUGUUUUUUUGGUUGUUAGGUGCAGCAGUACUACUAAGAGGUUCCACCAUUUCAUGUGCUGCCAUGGAUCCACAAGAAAACCAUGUUCGUACCGAGUGCGGUUACACUAGAUAUCCAGCCCUGUGUGUUGAAAGCUUGAAAGAGCUGGGGUCAGCACAUCCUCAACAUGUUGAUUUUGUGUCUGCUCUUGUCAACAAGACCAUUUCUGAGACCAAGCUGUCCAUGUCCAAUUUCGCUAAACUCAGCUACCAUUUCAUAACCCCAGAAGCUCAACGUACUCGUCUUGCCACAGAUUAUUGUCAUAAGCUCAUGGGGAUGUCUACCAAACGGCUCAACCAAGCACUAGAGGCACUCAAACAAUCCCCGACAAAGAACAAGGAGGACAUCCAAACAUGGCUUAGUGCUGCACUGACUUUUCAACAAACUUGUAAAGACGAAGCUGAGGCUGAUGGUUUAGCCAAUGAACUCAUGAGUCCAAUUUUACACCAAAUGGAUUAUGUAUCUCAAUUGGGUAGUAAUUCACUAGCACUCGUUAACAGGAUCACCAGCCACAAGCCAGACAGUAGUAAAAAUCGCCGCCUUCUUGAGGAAGAUGAUCAAGUUUUUCCCAGGUGGGUAUCGGCCAGUGACCGGAAACUACUUCAGGCCACCACCAUCAAAGCCAAUGCAGUAGUUGCACAAGACGGAACUGGCAACUAUAAGACGGUCUCAGAAGCCAUCCAUGCCGCUUCCGGGAAUCGGUUUGUGAUAUAUGUGAAAUCAGGGGUUUAUAAGGAGAAAAUUAACACUGGCAAAGAUGGGAUCACCUUGAUAGGAGAUGGUAAAUAUUCCACCACAAUUGUUGGUGAUGAUAGCAAUGCAGGGGGAUCAUCUUUGAGAGAAACUGCCACAUUUACAAUUACAGGUGAUGGGUUCAUUGCUAAGGACAUUGGGUUCCAUAACUCAGCUGGUCCUAGCGGUCGACAAGCCGUGGCACUCUGCAUUGCUUCAGAUCACUCCGUCCUCUACAGAUGCAGCAUUGCAGGUUACCAAGACACCCUCUACGCUCUCUCCCUCCGCCAAUUCUACCGCGAAUGCGACAUCUACGGAACCAUUGACUUCAUCUUUGGCAACGCAGCUGCUGUCUUCCAGAGCUGCAGUCUACUGCUCCGACGACCGCGAUCCGGUGGGUCCUACAACGCCAUCCUUGCCAGCGGCAGGGACGACCCGGGACAGAACACGGGCUUCUCUGUCCAAAACUGUAAGAUCGGUGCCAGCUCCGACUUAUCUCCGGUAAAGCAUUCUUUUAGGUCCUAUCUCGGGAGGCCCUGGAAGCAGUAUUCGAGAUCCGUGAUCAUGCAAUCGAAUAUAGAUGAUGCAAUCGCGUCGAGGGGUUGGGUUGAGUGGUCCGGGAGUUCAUCUCUGAAAUCGCUGUACUUCGCGGAGUAUGCUAAUGUCGGACCGGGUGCCGGAACUGCCAACAGAGUGCAAUGGCCUGGUUAUCAUGUGCUUGGAAAACCUGAGGCUGAAAAAUUCACUGUGGCUAAUUUUAUAUCUGGAACCUCAUGGCUGCCUUCUACUGGUGUGACUUUUGUGGCUGGUCUUUAGCGAUGGGUUUGGCCGGAGAUAUAUAUUAAUUCGGCUACUUUAAUUUAUUAUAUAUCUUCUUAAAUAAGGUCAGUUAUGGUUAUGGAUAGCAAAGGAUUGGAGCUCCAAAUCGAGAACUACCUUUGCUGAUUGCUCAUACAUAUGUGCAUAUAUGGAAGCUGUUAUAAUUAAUUAGCAGAUAUAUACUGAAUGUGUAACUGUGUAUUAAUUAAUAUUGAUACUGAAUGUGUAACUGUGUAUUAAUUAAUUCAUAUAGUCUUCUUCUUGUAUAAAUUUAUAUCUUGUAGUAUGGAUUUCUUGAUAAUCAAUAAUUACAAAGAAGAUUGUGUAUUUGAUGGUUC